UCUUGAACCAAAUAGCAUAACGCUAUCACAAGUGUUAACUGGAGGUGAGACAUUUUGUAAACUUCAUUCUGUGUUGCGAGUAAAAUCUUCAUUUGAACUAAUAACAUUUCCACUGGAGUUUUUCAGCAGCAUUGCUGGUCCAUCUGGAAUGAUCCAGUGACUUCUGCACUCCUGAGAAACAGCUCCCCCAGUGGAGAGCUCCGGUAGUGACAGGAAAAUUCCCGAAGCCUCUGGACCUCCUCCAGGUAGGGUAUAAAAGCUGGGACAGUCUCACUGCAGAGACAGAAGACAACACAGAAGAGACGACAUUUUAACUAGAAGACUGAACACUAAAGACUCACUGAAGAUGCUUUGCUCUCAUGGAUUCCAGUCCGCCCUCAGUCCAUUCACGGGCCUCCACUGGCCUGCACGCAGGCUGUGGCCAGAUGUCAAACCUCUGCUCCACCAGCAGGAUCUACUACAGAGAAACCUACAGGACCUCCGCAGCAGUCUGGAGCUGAUGGACAAACUUCAUCAGGAGUUCCUGGAGGAAACGGAGCCUUUCCAAAGCAGCGGGGCCCUGCAAGCGGUCUCCCACCACCUGGACACAGAGGGGGAGAACUUUGACCUGACCCUGGACACUCAAGGGUUUCUCCCAGAGGAGCUGUCUGUCAGGCAGGUGGGCCGCAAGCUGAGACUCAGCGGGAAGGCAGAGAGGAAGCAGGAGGACGGGGAAGGCUCCUACUCUUACAGCCGCCAGGAGUUCAGACAGGAGUUUGAUCUGCCUGAAGGGCCGGACCCCGAGGCCCUCACCUGCUACCUGGCUCCAGACGGGAAGCUCCACAUCCAGGCAGCCAGAGCUCCACAAGGGCACCACAAGGAGAGAGAGCUGACUAUCCAGAGGAGCUUGGAGGAGAAGACACAGCCGAGGGUGUGUGCACAGACGCAAGGAGCAGCCUGA